ACCAUGGCGGACGAAAGCCUGCACGUACCGGACACUAGCAUCGAUUUCCAUAUCGUACAGCUGUUCGAGCGGCUCGAGGCGAUGCGCAAGGAACCGGGCCAGAAGCUGUCCCGCUCGUUGCAAGGCCGCAUCAACAUGCAUACCGAGCUGCGCAGUCUGGAGCUGUGGAGGUCUAUUACGUGUGAAAGUUUAGCGUCGUUCUUCUACGUCUUUAUCGUGUGCGGUGCUGCAGCGGGUGCGGGCGUUGGGGCGAGUGUGUCCUCGGUUCUGCUGGCCACCGCCCUUUCCUCCGGCUUUUCCAUGAUUGCCUUGACGCAGUGUUUUUUACACAUUUCGGGUGCCCACAUUAACCCGGCCGUCUCGAUCGGGAUGCUUGUCUCGCGCCAAAUUUCACCCCUUCGUGCAUUGCUGUAUAUCGUGGCCCAAAGCGGUGGAUCGAUUGCUGGAGCAGCCCUGCUGUACGGUGUCACCGUACCCGGUUAUCAGGGUAAUCUUCAGGCGGCCGUUUCCCACAGCUCAUCCCUAGCCGCCUGGGAGCGGUUUGGCGUCGAGUUUAUCCUGACGUUUAUCGUCGUGCUGGCGUACCUCAUCUCGACCAGCUCUUUCAAGAAGUACUUCGGCUCGUCCGCGAUCGCCAUCGGCGCGGCGUACAGUGCGUGCAGCUUCGUAUCGAUGCCCUAUUUAAAUCCGGCUCGAUCGCUCGGCCCUUCGUUUGUGCUCAACAAAUGGGACAAUCACUGGGUGUACUGGGUAGGGCCGCUGGUUGGCGGUGCCGUGUCCGGUGUGCUGCACGAGUUCAUCUUCAGCGCCAAGCGUUCGGCGAAGCGCGCGAAGGACGAUGUCGACUCGAGCCUCAACUCCGAGGACGACAUCAACUACGACAUGGACCUGGAGAAACCGCAGCAACAGCCACCGCAUCAGGGCAAGUACCACCAGUACCGGCCACCGAGCGGCACCCUCACCGGAAGUCAGCAGCGUUACUGCCAAAGUAUCUACACGGCCGAGCCGACCUCGAAGGUGGAGCGGGUGGAACCGAUCUACGGUGGCACCAAGUCGAUGUACUGCAAGUCACCACCGUUGACGCGUGCCAACCUGAAUCGUUCACAGUCGGUGUACGCCAAAAGUAAUACCGCACUGAACCGCGAGCUGCCCGUGCGUUCCGGACCGCUCGUACCGGCCCAGAGCCUUUACCCUUUGCGCGUGUCUGCCGCACCGCAGACGCACCUCCAGAACCAGAACGUGCAGAACCAGCUGCAGCAGCGGUCGGACAGUAUAUACGGCAUCCGCAGCUCGAUGCGACAACCGGCGCCCACCGACGGGCGGAUGGGGGCCUCCCAAAUGCCACCGCAGAUGGCACCGCUGGGUGAUGGUCAGGGCUUCCAGCCGAUCUACGGAUCGCGCAACAAUCCCAACUGCUCCACCGAUGCGCUCAAGUUCGAUCGCGACCCGAACAGCCGCGAUGAUACGCUGAACUCCAAGUUCUCCCGCGGCACCGGAGCGAACCGGCCCGAAUCGAUGUACGGUGGUGCUGGGCAACGGCGCAUCCAUUCGGCACAGUCGGACGAUAGUUCGUACGGUUCGUACCAUGGUCCCGGACCGGCACUGACGCCACCAACCCGGAAUGCCAGCAACGGCAGCAGCACCUACAACCCGGUCGUAGGUACUGUGCUGCCAAACUACGAACGGAAGACAUCCUCAUCGUCUGCGUCGAACCAACAGCAGCAGCAGCAACAACAAUCUCAGCAGUCACGUGGUGCGGGUCAGAAUGGGUCCAGUAUACAGAACACGAGUCUACCACCGCCACCACCACCACUACACCACACGAUGCCAUAUUCCAUGCAUCCCGUGAGACAGAAUUAGACGUAGAAGAGACAUAGAACUCCAAUUCUCCCAGAAAUACCCCGAAACUCACCCUAAGCUAGUUGCUUCAAAUGACAACAAUCUUCAUCAGAUUUGAGGCUAGAAUGUAAGUGCUGUGAAUGAAGCAAAAAAAUGCAUGCGUGUGUGUGUGAUUGUGCGUGUACGAGUGCUAUUUGUAUUUGUGUUCCCCCGUCGUGUGUGUGCCCGUUUGGUGCACACCGUUUAAUGUAAGGUAACAGCCUGGUACGCACAGCAACCCACCGUUGUUGGUCCAGAUUGGCGACAAGCUUUUCUUCGGAAACCCCAGUGAGCUAAUGUGUAGUAGCUGCGAUUGUCCGGCAUCUGACAACCGAUGGUUGGCUAUUGAUCAUGUUUAAUUGAUCCGACACCAUCCCGGUUUUGGGUGACCGCAAUCCAUCUUUUUCUAAUAUUUAAACGAUCAUACAAACCCACGUCCCACUCUCAACUUGGCUUUCCCAUUUAUCGAUGGACCUGCAAAGGUCAGGCGCGACAUUCGAUAGCCUAAGCUGGUUUCCACUUGCUAUUAAGAGACUGAAUUUAUCCUAACCUGUUCGUUCGACUGCGCUCUAGCGGAGUACACCUCAUAUGCCAUAUAAUAUCAUGUAUCAUCUUAAUCUAAAGUCUGCGCGAAGAGAACAGAGAAGAGUGUUUGACAGGUUUCACCACGCAUGCUUCAUACUAUUCCAAAGCUCAGACUGAUCAAAUUGUGGGCAGUUCGUUUUCACGGGAGCGUACGCACUCCAGUUCCGUAGUACAAAUGUAUAUAGAUAGACGG